AUGGGUAUGGUAACAGAGUCACAGUUCCAUGUUUUGGCCGUUGAUGAUAGUCUCUUUGAUCGGAAAAUGAUAGAAAGGUUGCUGCAAAAGUCUUCGUGUCAAGUAACAACAGUUGAUUCAGGCUCUAAAGCUCUCGAAUUUCUGGGUUUGAGAGAAAGUGAUGAUAUCGACGACCCAAACGCACCAUCUACAUCACCCGUAACUCAUCAGGAAGUUGAAAUAAACCUUAUAAUAACAGAUUACUGUAUGCCUGGCAUGACUGGUUAUGAUUUGCUCAAGAGAGUUAAGGAAUCAGCGGCAUUUAAAAGCAUUCCUGUAGUAAUAAUGUCAUCUGAGAACGUUCCUGCUAGAAUCUCCAGGUGCCUGGAAGAAGGAGCUGAAGAGUUUUUCUUGAAACCGGUGAAGUUGGCUGAUCUUACCAAGUUGAAACCUCAUAUGAUGAAAACAAAACUGAAGAAAGAGAGUGAGAAACCAGCAAAAGAAGAGAAUGCAGCUUUUUUGAAACCGGAGAUGGAAGAAGAUUCAUCGGUGAUUGAAAUCUUGCCUCUCCAUCAAGAACUCGAAUCCGAACAACAAGAACCAAUGUUGAGUAGUAAUAAGAGGAAAGCAAUGGAAGAAGUGAUGAUUUCUACCGAUAGAUCGCGUCCUAAGUACAAUGAUAUCACAACCUCGGUCUGA